AUGGGAUACAGUGGGAGUACUUGGCACUUCCUACAGAUUGACCACUCUUCAAAGUGGUCAGGGCGAGCAGUGCUAGCCCACGACGGGGCACUUCAGCUUCCAUUCGCCAUCUUGGUCUGGAUGCUUGAAAAAGCUGCUGCAAUCCCCCAACCCCAAAGAAACUUCGGCAGAGAUCUACAGCGGGGAGGGGUCGGGUGA